CGGACAGCCGUGCCUAGGCGGAGCAAUUCUGCUCGAUCAGCGUCCGGCCCCUCUCCCCACACAUUCCGGUUCACUCCAUUGGCUCCUUCCCCGCACUCGCAUCGCAAACCGACCUCCGUGGAGACGCUUAGUGCGGGGGACGUGCGGAAAGUCGAAACAAGUCGCGGGGAAGGUUUGUCAAUUGCAAGCCGCUGCAGGCCGGCGACGUACUUGGACGAGCAGACUGGUAUGCAGGCUAUCUGAUUAUUUAGACGCCCGCGCGAUCCCCCGCGCGCCCCUAUAAAUCACGCGCCAACGCGGCGCCAAGGGAGCAGGCGCAGAAGCUUGCCGGACCUGUCCAUAUAGCGCGCCCUCGCCCUCUCCUCCGCGCCCCCACCUUCCCCCUCCUCUCCCGACUCCCGACUCUCCACUAGAAGCAUGAGCGACGCGGCAUUGGCAGAGGAGACGCAGCGGAACUCGUCCACGAAGGAGUCAAUCAAGUCCUUCUUUGCGGGCGGCGCGGGUGGUGUCGCUGCGGUUCUCGUCGGGCAUCCGUUCGACUUGACGAAGACCCGGCUGCAGACCGCUGCUCCCGGUACUUACACCGGCGCGGUGGAUGUCGUGAAGAAGGCUCUUGCUGUAGAUGGUGUUAAGGGACUCUACCGUGGUGUAGUGCCCCCAUUACUGGGUGUUACACCCAUCUUCGCCGUAUCGUUCUGGGCCUAUGACACGUCCAAGCUGCUCAUCCUUAAACUUACUCCGAAUCGCGUUAACAAGGAGCUGUCGAUACCCGAACUGGCCGCUGCUGGUUUCUUCUCUGCGGUACCCACAACGCUUAUCACCGCACCGGUAGAACGCGCGAAGGUCCUUCUGCAGGUGCAAGGGCAAACUCCCAACGGCCCCCAAUACAAGGGCGUCACCGACGUAGUGAGACACUUGUACCGUGAGGGCGGCUUGCGGAGCGUCUUCCGCGGGUCUUUCGCGACUGUCGCGAGAGACGGACCCGGCAGCGCUGCGUACUUCGCGGCAUACGAGGUCACGAAGCGGGCGUUGACACCGGUAGGAUCGUCUCCGUCUGAUUUGAACCUUGGUGCCGUCAUCGUCGCGGGCGGCAUGGCGGGCAUCGCAAUGUGGUCGAUUGCCAUUCCACCAGAUGUUCUCAAGUCGCGUAUCCAGUCCGCGCCUACAGGGACGUACUCUGGAUUUAUGGACUGCGCGCGGAAGACCAUCGCACAGGACGGCGUCCGAGCUCUGUGGAGGGGCCUUGGGCCUGCGAUGGCUCGGGCAUUCCCGGCGAACGCUGCUACUUUCCUCGGGGUGGAGGCGACGAAGAAGCUGUUGGACGGAUUGCUAUGACCGGAGCCUGUCGCUCGGUACCUCUUGUAUUCUUUGAGCAAUGGCAUCGAUUGAUCUUG